UAAUUAUGUAUUGUUCAAGACUGUGGUUUACUCAAUAGUGUUCAUGGCAAUAAAAUACUAUGCGUGAAACAAAACGUUACCCGUCUGAAUAGCUCAAUUCAUUUUUUAAUUUAAGUUUUGACUAAGGUAUAUUUAUUCGUACAUCCCUAUCCUGACUGAAAUACCUAUAAUUUUCUAUAAUUUCAUAGAAUUACUGGAAAUGAUCAAGAAAAAUUAUACAAGGAAGAUGUAUUUUUAAUUAAUUUAAUCAAUUUUAACAUUAUAGAUGUUUUGACUUCGAUGGGACUUUACCGCAUUGAAUAUAAGACGCAGGCCCCUACGCAACGGCCGCCGUGACAGCGGGCGUUCUCGGCAGCGCCUACUACGCCUACCACAUCUACCAGAACAGAAAGAAGUUACCAACUGAGUGGACGCAUGUUGGUACCCUGGAGAACAUCUACACGUACCCGAUCAAAUCGUGCGGGGGUAUUGCCAUGGAGACAGCUAUGUGCACGACUUUGGGGCUGAGGGAUGGCUGGCUAAGAGACAGGGUGCUGAUGGUUGUAGACCAGAAUGGCAACUUCGUGACGGCCAGAAACUACCCGGAGCUACUCCUGGUCCAACCCAGCGUGCGGAACUCCAUCCUCACGCUGAAACACCGCGAUAUGGAGCCUGUCUAUGUCAACCUGGCUGAGGUGGUUGCGUUACAGAGCCCCAAGACAGCUGUGUUGUGGGGAGUGACGGUACCUGUGCUCGACUGCGGGUGGGAGGUCUCUGAAUGGUUUUCUAGACUAUUGGACCUGUCUGCGAUCAACUUCCGCUUAAUGUACUAUGCGACGCAAAAGCCGCGGAAGUUGAACCUGAUGGGGAACACGUUUUACAAAUUCACCAAGAAUGAUACGGGAGCGCUCACCGAUGAGACCUCAUACCACAUAAUCAACGCGGCAUCCGUCACCGACCUCAACGCGCGACUGCGGUCGUGUCAGGUCACUCACCACACAUUCCGGCCAAACUUCGUGGUACAAGGCCCGCAGCCUUUUGAUGAGGAUCGUUGGCAGUUCCUUAAGAUUGGAGAUAAUGUGUUUGAGGUCAUCAAGCCGUGCUUGAGAUGUGUACUAACAACGAUCGACCCGGAAACGGGCGUGCGCAGAGAGGAGCGCGAGCCACUAGAGACUUUGAAAUCCUACCGCCAGAUCCCUGACCCCGAGGAGCGCCGCGCGUCGGGCGCCGCGCCCCGCAUGGGGCUGCAGCUGGCGCUGCGCGCCGGCCACGGACUCGUGUCCCUCCACGACCACGUGUUCGCCGCGUGACCUUCUCGAUCAGACUACCACAAUGGUCUUCUGUUAACUCUCACAUG